AUGAGUAGCAUUUUGUGGAGGAAUUUGCGAGUUCCGUUGAUCAGGCGCAUGGCACGUCAAGCUAGUGAUCAUCCUACAGCAGAAGAACUUGGCCUAAAGGGAUGGCAAGUCUACUUUAAUAGCUUCACUAUUGAUGGAAGACGCAAUGUAAGUGUCUAGAUUAAUAAUUUUUCCCAAAGCUUUCAAAACUUUCGGAAUAUUCUCGCCCUGUGAUAUUGCAUAUAUUGAUUAUUCAUCAAGAAAGUGUGGAACUCGGGAAUCUCACAAAUUAGCGACGCUAAAGAGUUUUUGAUCCUGGAAGUAUUGAUUGGAAGAAAAAGACACAAAUUGUUAACUCCUGAUCUGAAAUUACAAGAAAAAUAACAGACCUACAAUUACAUAAUUGUGAUUAGACAAUAAACUAUGAUCUCUUAUUGUAACCUAGUAAACCCAUGGCGAUUUUUAAAAAGCAAUGGACUGGACUUUCUCUUCAUUUACUGGCUUUUAAGGCUGAAUGUUUGUUAGAAGAUUCUUGAGCUACUACACAGAGCUUUUUGUCUAGAUAAUGGCUUGAGUUAUAUUUUGAUCAUCUGUGAAACAUUACAUUACAAUUCAAACAACUGGACCCAGGUGGUUGGGAGAAAACUAUUUACGGCUUAACUCCCAGAUCAAAUCAGCCAUACAAUUCCUAUAAUGUUAGUUCAAAGAAUUUAGUAUUGGAUCAACUAAUUAUCCCCAAAUUGAUAUUUUCUUUAUUCUCAUCACUUAUUUGGUUGAUAUUGUAUUAAUACUGUAAGGAGAAAAUCUGCUCCUGGUCAGUCUUGGGAGUUAAAGUGUUAAUGCUGGUUUUUUAGUCAGGUCUAAAGUUUAGUCAAUGUUUAAUAAACCAAGUUCUGAGCCAUCUUCAAUAGCCAUUUUUACAGUUCCUGGUGCCAUAUUGGAUUAGUAACUGCGCACACACGAUAACGAGGCUGGGGUUGACCCGGCGGUUCUUUCAAACAGCUGAUAUGCUGACAUUUCACGUUCUAAUGCACUUUUCAAUGCGAUUUCUCCCUUCAAAAUGGUUCUUUAAUACAACAAUAUGGAAAUUUUGUCAUUAGAUGACAUCCAGAAACUCGAAGCAAAAGAUCUCAGGGAGAUUUUAAAAUCUAAUUCAAAAUCGAUGGGCGGAAUUAGAGCUGACUUAGUGUCGAAAGUUCAUGCUUUGCUGAUGUGACACGUCCUUCCAUCAAGUAGUGGAGAAAACUGAGAACUUCUUACAGAUAUCUAGGACCUAGAACAAAACCAGAGCGACUUCAGAUACGAAGCAACUAUGGUAAGGAUUUCAGCCCUUGGAUGGUCGAGCGAUCUCCGUAAUUUACCCGAGAUUAAUUUCAUUCAGCUUUAUGAGUACCUUGUUGUUUCACGAAAAUAUCGCCAAAUCGUGUUAAGAGGAACGCAUCACAGGAAGUACCACAGAAGUUGUUCAGUAUGGCUUAAAAACCGAGGCAAAGGCUGUAGCCCUCUAGUUAGAGGAGAUUUGUUAUUGCUGCUGUUGUUGAUGUGGUACUUGUUGUUGUACCAUAUUCUUCAGUUAAAGUUGUUCCCAUUUUGUUCACCAAGAUGUCUUUUAAUUUGCCAUUUGUACAUUUUAUCUUAUGGGAAACUAUACAAUAGAGCCUGUACAGCCACUUGAUUAUAACCUUCUUUCUAUCAACCCAUGAGGGAAACUGUAACUAACAGAUAUCAUAAUAUUUUGAAACCCACCUAGCCCAGGACAACUUAUGCUCGUGAUACAUUGAAAACCAUUUGAGUUUGCGACUCAUGGCAAUUUAUUAGGUGGCAAGACAGCAUUGAAAGAAUCAGACCAAAAUAUUAGACAAUUUAAAAACUCCCAAAAGUGACUGAUUCAGGUAACUUCUCCCUAUAAUAUCCAAACACUAUCUAGCAAACAGAUAAUGAUAAUACUGAAGCUUAUCAGGCAGAAGUUAUCUUGAUCUUACAUCAAAUUCUCAUAACUUAUUUACAGGUAAAUGUGUAGCAAAUAGAAGGGAGAAUUAACAAUCAGAUCUUGGGUAUUUAAGGGUUAAAGGAAGGGAGCAGAAAUGCUUCCUCUCAGCUACAGAUCUCAGCAAUGCUAGUCCUUUAUGACACAAUUUUGAGAUUUAAAAGUUUUAUCCAAAUCUGAUAAACAUUUAGUGAAUUGAUAUUCCCAUUCUUAGCACUCAGAUCUUUAUAUUGGCCUUUUUUUUUUUACUUUGACACAAAUUGGUUUGCUUUUUUGUGACUAGUUCUUAUUGCUUUGUGUUAAAAAAACCAAUGUUAACCAUGAAAAUGUAUUUGAACAACCAAAAAGUGAAAACUCUGAAGAUACAGUGUCUUGGUUACACUACUUUCUCUGCUUUUUUUUUGGGAGAAAAAUUAGCUUUUGAUUACGAGAAAAAAACUUUCGAACUUAAAGCAAUUCAGGACCAUCCAUUUUCCUUAAAAAUCGAUUGAUAAUUUUUUGCUGCCUAAAACUUGAAGAAGUAUGAAAACCAUUUAAAAUGUAUUUGAACAACCAAAAGCGCACACUACUCUCCUUUCUUUUUGGGAGAAAAAUUAGCUUUAUCGAGAUUUCGGCUAGGACCAUCCAUUUUCCUUAAAAAUCGAAUAAUUUUGCUGCCUAAGUAUGAAUUUCACACGCUCACAGAGAUUUAACACGAGUCAACCCCAGCCUCGUUCUCACGUGUGCCGGUUGCAUUUCCAAUAUGGCGCUGGGAACUGUAAAAAGGUCUAUUCAGCAGAACCUUUUAUCUGAACAUCAUUUUGUGUGAACAUUGUCAAGAGAGCCAAAAGCUAAUAGUAGAAGGACACUUACAUAAACAUAAUAUUAUAUAUAAUGGUAAUUGAACUGAGUGGAGUGCAAUUUGGGCUGAAAUCUUAUGCGUGAUUUCAAAAUCGAACAAGUGCACAGCACAAGUUCAAUUUGAAAUCACAAGUAUGAUUUCAGACCAAAAUUAAGUGACAUAAGGUUCAAUUACCACUUUAUUACACCAUUUUGGAAAUCGCUCAAAUACAGGACUUGGUCAGUUCAAGUAUUAUAUUGAUGCAGUACUAAGCUAGUUUGAAAUUGAAUUCAUCUGUUUUUGGGGGGAAAAAAAUAAGAGUUUUGGAAACAAAAGUUGCACAUGAUACUCUUUGUCUUUCAUUUUCCUGUAAUUUGAUUGGUUACUUUUAACAAGCCUUGAAAUCUGGCUGGUUUUGUUUUUAUUGUAGCCUCCUUAUUGGCUGGGAAAAAGAUGCGAUUUAAAGCAAAAAGUGGUGCGAUUUGUGAAUGAAACACACCGAUUAGAGCCAAUCAGAUUACAGGGACCACCAGUGAUUUCAAAAUGGGUGUAAUAAUUAAUAAAAUCAACCCUCUAUAGAGAAUCCCUGAAGCCCAUUUCUUGUGUAAGACUGCAUUUGGGUUAGACAUAGGGUGAAUAAACCCUUAAAGUUUAUGAAUCACUCAUUCUAGGCUCUUGAAUUCACACUUGCUUUGUGCCCUCCUAAUGCUUUGUAUUGGUUCGGCUGGUAAAAUUUAGAAAAAAAAUGUGAUCUGCUUCUCAAAUACUGCCGUCCAUCUGUACCAAAUUGUUUCCAAUCACAACCCAUGAAAUUUUGUAUCUGUCACUGAUCCUUAUAUUUAGUAAUUUCCCUCAUGAUUGUUGUUCUUAUUUAUGUCAAAAGCUGGCUUAGUACAGUUUUUAUAAUGUUAUACGACAAUCCUGAUUAUUAUGCACCAUCCAAGCUCUAUGAAAUGUCAUUGUGGGAUGUACACAUGUCUAGUCUUAGUUCUGUGGUAGGGGACAAAGUCAAAUGGAAAACUGCUUUGAACACUUACAUUAAAACUCUCUUCUUAAUAAUCUUGUAUGUAUGACAAGUAUCAAAUUUACAUGUAUUUUGAGAAAAUGCUGACCUGAAAUUACCAAAAAAAUAUCAACAAUUGCAAUUACCUUUAUCAUACUACUUUGGAUAGUGCAAUACUCGCAGUAAUGCAGUGCUCUGCUUUGUUGAGGAGCUGUUGCCUAUGCAGCAGUUUCAAAAGCAGUUGGGUAAUGGCUAGAUCUACUCAGUUGUAACGCACUAUCUUUCUGUCCAUAGUCUUUAUACAAAAAUUGCACUUCUACCUGAUAAAUUGUGUAAUUCUCUUCAAAUCGACUUGUUUUUCUUGGUUGACAUCCAGGAAAAACAAAGUGACACAAAUUGGAAUAGACCCAAAGUGCAGGAAAAUGAAACUUUAAGAGUUUUAACCUACAAAAUUUUCCAAGGGAGCUUAGCCCUCACCAAGAAGAGGAGGCCCUUCAGGUCUUCAAAAAUCUCCCCUGCUAUUCUAAACCACCCAUUUGUACCAGAUUUUAACAAAACUACUGCCUAGCAAACUUUUAGCAGGUUACAAAAGCAUUAGACUGGAGCGUCUAUCAGUUAACUGGCAUGUUGGACAGGUUUUCCUUUCACUAAGAAUACUUUUAAAACAUAAAAAUUAAUAUCUAAAGAAUACAAUGCUGACCUAAAAGGGAAACAGCUGCAUAGUAAUCCACCAUUUUCAACCCAAAUAUAUUGCAUCCAUAUGUAUGUAAAUUUUCUUUGUUUUUUCAAGAUCAGAAGAAUUACCUUAGAUGUAUUUUCAAUUUUUUGUUUUUUUGCAGUUGGUAUUUGCAGUCUAUGGAACUUUGUUUGGAAUCUAUGGCCUUCGCAAGCUGACGAAAAAGGACAAGAAAGAGACUCCUGAAAAGACUCCUGAAAAAUAA